UCGUCUCUCUUUGUGUGUGUGGUGGUGUAGGAUUGGAUCGUGGGAGCGCGAUGGUGACGACGAAUUCGCCACUGGGUUUCGGAGCGACCUGUUACAAAAUCACUCCUAUGACACUGUCUCAUCCGAUUUAACUGCCAGCGCUUCACACUCCCUCUUGCUGGGCAAGUGGCUUCGAAAUUGUGACGAGAAGCACGAGGAAUGCCAUCGGCCGUCGGGAAAGGAGAACUUUUGGCCAAAGAGAGUUAUUUAUGUUGGCGACCCCAACAAAUUGACCCUCGUCGAAGAGCAACCUCAGGGAGAAGACUACCUUGUGCUUUCGUACUGCUGGGGCCCCCUCACAGACCAAGACAAGAAGCGUUUCUGCACUACUAGCGAGAAUUACGGAUCUCGAAAGCUGGGCUUCAGCUACGACGAGCUGCCGAAAACAUUUCAAGACGCAAUUCAGGUGACUCGAGCACUUCAGAAGCAGUACCUCUGGAUCGAUGCUCUCUGUAUCAUACAGGGACCCGACGGCGACUGGGAGAGCGAGGCUAGGACCAUGGCAGAUAUUUUCGCCUGCGCCUACUGCACCAUUGCGGCGAGUUCAGCACGUGGCUGGGGAGAUGGUUUCCUGAAGCCUCAGUCGAAUUUCCGGCGAGGCGCUCCAAGCACACCGACUUGCACAUGUGACUUCGAGGAAGACGUGGAUGAGGCGCCCCUUAUGAAGAGGGCUUGGGUACUACAAGAACGGGUGCUAUCCCGUCGAAUCAUCCAUUUCACUGCGACACACAAGUAUUGCGAGUGUGGGCAUGGAGUGCUGUGUGAACAGCUUACAAAACUGAACCCGCCAUGGGGGAAGCAAUAUUUCAUCCUCGAUCCGAACUUUCCGGAGAGACUCAGCAAGUCCGGGUAUGAGCAUACCGCCGAUUUCGUCCAAUUCCUCUUCAGAAAAUAUUCAGUUUCCUGCCUUACCUUCGAAACCUUCAGGCAGCUUCCUCUUUUUUACCUGGUGGUAGCCAGGCUUCUGGAUAUGUAGCCCAAAUCUCCGCAGCUGGAACAGCGGGGUCACCAAAUUUCCUCUACGAUUAAGGUUUCUUUAAAACUGCAACCAUCCUUUUCUCGCUCUUGGAGGCCGAACUUACGUAACUAAUUAAUGCUAAUUAAUUAACUAUAGCAAAUUUUGAGUUUGAGGCUACCCUCAGGGCACGUCACCCUUAUCCCCCCAUGAUGCGGCCUUUGAGGCCCGAUUCUUGUACUGUGUGCUGCCUAGGCCCGAGGCCGGGAUUACGGUCAUUUCUGUAAUUUAUAUAUAACCUAGGUGCCCGCUAGGUAACUCAGAUAUGGCGUACUAGAGCAUUUAAAUUUGAACCCAAUCUUGAAAGAAAU